AUGGAAUUAACAUCGGAAUCGUCUAGUAGCAUGAGGAGCAAGUCUGGAGUCGGGCAAGUUUGUGAUUGUGGAUUGCCGGCGAAGAUGUUCAUCUCGAAAACGGCAAGAAAUCCAAAUCGAAGGUUCCUCGGGUGUGAGCUGUACAAGGAAGGUGGUAAUGGUCACUGUAAGUACUUUAGUUGGGUUGAUGAAGAAGAAGUGAAAGGUUUGCCGAGAAGAGAAUUGGUUGAAGCUCAAGCAGAAAUUAAUGAGAAGAAUAAGAUAAUCAGUCAACUAUCAACGACAAUCAUGGAGCUGAAGGGGGAUUUAGAGAGAAAUCAGUUGCAGAAGAAGAAGAUUGAUUAUAUGGAAGCAAUUGUGUCUCGUCAACGCCUCGUUAUCACGGGUUUGACAGGUUUGCUUGUUUGUGCAAUUGGAGUCAUCGUACUGGGUUAA